ACCUCCAAUCAACAAUCGCAGAUUAAUUACCCUCUUUUUGCCAGAAAAAUGAGCCAGCAGCAGCAGGGACAACAAAGACCCCGUGAUGAGCAGCGUUCCCACCAGGAAGCCAUCAAGUACGGCGACGUUUUCGACGUCUCCGGAUCUUUGGCGUCCAAACCCAUUGCACCACAAGACGCGUCCACCAUGCAGGCUGCUGAAAACUUGGCGCUUGGACAAACCCAAAAGGGCGGCCCUGAAGCUGUCAUGCAAUCUGCGGCGGCGGUGAAUGAAAAAAUCGGUGCCGUUCGUCACCGCGACGUCUCUGAUAUUGCCAGAGACCAGGGUGUCACCGUUAGGGAAGUUGACGUAGGUGGCACCCGUGUCGUCUCCGAGGAAGUUGGUGGACAGGUUGUGGGACGAUACGUGACCCCAGAGGUGCCACUUAGGUCGGCAGCACCGGCUCUUGGCCGCCGAGAUGCGGUAACAAUCGGCGAAGCACUGGAGGCGAGCGCUCUUUCAGCAGGCGACAAAACGGUUGACCAGAGCGAUGCGGCUGCAAUACAAGCAGCGGAGGUGAGAGCAACUGGGACAAAUGAAGUAACACCCGGUGGCGUCGCCUCCAUGGCCCAGUCUGCCGCCGAUGUUAACCCUCGCAUAAUGCUGGACCAAGCCAAGACAAGGCUCUCUGAUGUUCUUUCGGAUGCGAGUCGAUGGCUGGUGGCGGACAAAGAAGUGACGCGAGAAGAUGCUGAAGGGGUGAUUAGUGCGGAGAUAAGGAACAAGCGUGAUAUGAGCACCACUCCUGGUGGAGUUGCUGCCGCUAUAACCGCAGCGGCUAGGCUUAACCAGAAGAAUAAAUGAUAUGGCCGAAAUAAUAAAUAUGUCUACUUCACUAUUUUGUGUGUUUUAACUUUCGUAUAAGUUUAGUUUUUUUUUUUUUCUUUUGGAGUGGGCUAUGGCUUUUAAGCUUCCAAGUUGUUGGUUCUAUUAGAGUUUAGUCCUCAUGAUUACUCUAUUUAACUAUCACUUUUAUACUAAAACUUAUCACUUUUAUUUGUCUUUUAA